AUGCAGCAUCAGUGGGAAGAUGCAGCGCAUAGUAGAACGCAAUGGAGGAGAAUUAAAUCAGCCGAACAAAAGAAUAAACUUCUGCUAGUCAUAGCCUUUAUAGACUUUCAGAAGGCUUUCGACUUGAUAUAUUCUAAGACAAUAAUAGAGGCCCUAGCGAAACAAGGUACUGUCAGGCCUUUUAUAGGAACACUCGCCAAUAUACACAAAGAAGCCAAGGCAAGAGUAAUGAUAUAUAAACAAUCCCAGUGUUCCCAACUAGCAAAGGAGUACGACACGGAGACGCGAUAUCCCCAAACCUGUUUAAACAACAUCAAGAAAUCUUCCGUCAACUGGACUGGACCAAAAAUAUUAAAAUUAGAUGAAGAAUAUCUCAACUAUCUAAGAUACGCUGAUGAUAUAGUCCUAAUUGCCAAUAGCCCCGAAGAACUACAAACAUAA